AAAAAAUGGGACACAUUGGGAUUUAACAAUUUUAUGAUUUUGUCUCUCAUUCCUUGCCAAAAACAGUGAAAACCCAUGAAAGUCUUGGACUUUUCAGCUCACCUUCUUCAAUCGAACACAACCCAACACAGCCCCCUUUCUUUCUUUUUCUUUUUGACAAUUUAUUUUUGAAAAAAAAAAACUCUUUUUUAUUUUUAAUUUUUUAAAAAAUUAUUCUUUUUUUGCCCUUCUUCUCAUUCUUCUCCUUCUUCUAUGGAUCCUAAAACCUCAUCAACAACAAAGCAGCCCCAAGAAGAAGUGGUACCCAACUUUUUUAAGCUCUCAGAAGAAGUAGAAGAAGCAGAAGAAAUCAUGGGUGAAAACAAACCAGCUGAAAUCAAAGAUUUUCAAAUAGCAAUUGCGGAGAAAGAAGAAGGAAAAAAACAGUUAGCCCCAAAAAGAAGCUCCAACAAAGACCGUCACACCAAAGUUGAAGGCAGAGGCCGAAGAAUCCGUAUGCCAGCUCUAUGUGCUGCUAGGAUUUUUCAAUUGACCAGAGAAUUGGAUCAUAAAUCCGACGGCGAGACCAUCCAGUGGUUGCUACAGCAGGCGGAGCCGUCUAUAAUCGCCGCCACAGGCACCGGGACCAUUCCUGCUUCUGCUCUAGCGACGGCAGCUGGUUCUGUUUCACAACAGGGUGCUUCUUUGUCGGCCGGAUUGCAUCAAAAGUUGGAGGAAUUAGGAGGUGGGGGGUCCAGUAGGGCCAAUUGGGGGCGACCCCAUUUGGCCGCCACUCCCACUGCCCUUUGGCCCUCAUCGGUCACUGGCUUUGGUUUUCAGUCUUCAACUGCCGCUGCUGCUGUUGCUGCUCAAUCAGCUACCAAUUUACCUAAUGAAACUUCAAAUUACUUUCACAAACUUGGUUUCCCACCUUUUGAUUUAACCCCCACCAACAUGGGUCCUAUGAGUUUCACCUCCAUUUUAGGUGCAAACACUCAACAAUUGCCUGGUUUGGAGCUUGGAUUGUCCCAAGAUGGUCAUAUAGGGGUCAUAAAUCCUCAAGCUCUCAACCAGAUUUACCAACAGAUGGGACAACCUAGAGUUCAUCAACAUCACCCCCAGCAACCUCCUGCUAAGGAUGAUUCUCAAGAUUCAGCCUAGAAAAUGGAAGAAUAAGGAUUUUUUUUUUUUUGAGGGAGGAUGGCAAAUGGCUAUAAGGGUUUUUUUUCCUUUUGGUUUUUCAUUUGCUUUAUGGGUUUUUGUAUUGUAUUGUAUAAUUUUAAAGUGAGAACAAAAAGAAAAGAAAAAAAAAAACAGAGAGAGAGAGAUACCUACCUGUGAGGAAAUUCUAUAUUUGGUUUGCACCCUCCUUGUGAAUUGCAAUCUUUCAAACUCUUCUUCGCAUCUUCCCAGGUGUGAUUUUAUACAAAUGAAAGCAGCUUGGCUUGAGCUUAAGUACAUUUUUUCUGUUUGUUUCUCUAUUCAAAAAGGUGUGUUGAUCAUAUUGUAAGGCAACUGUACUUGUUCAGUUCUUCUCUAGUUCUUGCUGUAAUGUCGAACAAUUGGUUUGUGAAAUUGAGAUAGAAUUUUUUUA